GCGGAUUCUGUGCAACCUGACCUUCGCACUUCGGCCUCUGUACAAAGCAGCCCUACGGAAACAGAUUCCUUGGCAACAGGAUGCACUUGGGAACGAAAUCGCACCAGAAUCUAUCGACGCCUACGAUGCCUUGAAACAUGUGAGCGACAACGUGUCCCACUAUGCGCGAGCUCUAGGUCAGAGUGCUGACUUCUUGCUGUCUGCUGUGAAGCACCUCCUCGGCGCUCGGAGCAAGCUGCUGGUGCACGAAGCUCUGGGCGGCGUGGACAGACCCUUCAUACUGGAGUCUUUCAAGUUUGCGCAUCGGCUCACAGCAUCCUCGCAUGUGGUUUUCGCUCAGGAGAACCUGGAUCGCUUGCAGAAGCAGUUCGAGGACCAUCGCAAUUCAAAGGAGGAGCGAAAGACGAAGAAGGUUUUUAGCGGGGAUCGUGGGCUUUUCACUGCCGAGAUGUACAACAGCCACGACAAGGAGCAGGAGCGCGAAGCCGCACUUCCGGGUUACAAGCCCAAGGUCGAGGUCCUUCUAGAGCUCGUGGCCGCCUACAGAGCGAGGAACCAGGCGCAGAUGUGCUGUGACCUCCAGGUGGCCAUGCGAUGUCUCGUUGAUCAUGCCGACUCUCUGAGUCACCUCAUCCAGUCGAUCGCGAAGACGCGAGAGGAGUACGAGAUAGAGUAUGCGAAAGACCAGCUGGACACAGCGAAGAAGCUUGAGCAGAAAAUCCAGGAGUUCGAGGCCCAACUGCAGGACUUCCGAGCCUCCUCCACGCGCGGCUACCUCCACCUUCGCACGGAAGGUCCUCCGUCGGAGUGCAUGGGAAGAAUCGGGCCUGAAGCCUUCAAACCUGCAGCAUAUGUGCCUAUAUAG